AUGGCGACUGGUUUUGCUUUGAAGGGAGAUAAUCAUAUAGCAAAUAAUGUCAAUGGCAGCGGUGGUGAAAGUAGUAUCGAGAGUCCAAUGACUACUGGCUCCUCUAACGCGCCGCCAUUGCAUUCUACUACUCUUCUGGAUCAAGGUCCGGCGGAAAACGGCAAGUCGACGGUGAGAAAAAGGGCGGCGUCGGACAUGGAACUUCAAGCAGGCAACGGCGGAGCUGACUACCAUAAUAGGUUUAUCCGCCGUACAGCAACAACGCCGCUGGGUGAUUUUGGGAUCUGUUCUUUUAUGAGUGGAGGUGAUUUUAAUAGUCCUAAUCCACUAUUACGUUCGACCCACGUAGCCAACUACUCCACUACGAUGACGAUGUUACCAUCUUCCACGAAUUUGACGUCAGGCAAAUCCGGAUCUGGUUCCGAACCUGCCAUUUCUACUCCAAACCUAAAUUACCAUCACCAUCUUCAACAAUCCCAAAUCCAAAUCCAAACCCCUACAUCUACACCUUCCGUAUGUGUUUUUUCAGGCUUGCCUUUGUUCCCUCCUGAUAAAACUCAGAACCCAAAUUUGCAGCUUUCUCCAUCACCCGUGCUAUUACCGAUUAAUACUACCACAUCAACCAGUGGAGGUGUAAUUUCCAUGGAGGAGGGUGCAGCAGCUACGGCAUGGAUCGACGGCAUAAUAAAAGAUCUUAUCCACAGCUCAAAUAAUGUCUCUAUACCUCAACUAAUUCUCAACGUAAGAGAGAUUAUACACCCUUGCAACCCUAAUCUUGCGGCCCUUCUUGAAUACAGACUUCGUUCUCUUACUGGUACUGAUUCUGUCACAAAUUACCCCGAAAGGAGGAAGGAAGCUUCGCCGCCGCUGAGUAUACAAAGACCGGACCAGCAUGGGCAAGGGCAGGUACAGUUAGGCACUCCAGGGCUCAGGCUGUAUAUGGACGACAAUUUGGUCACUCAUAGCCUUUCUGAAUCAAUGAAUCAACACUUGAGUUGGCCUGUUGUCACACAACCGGGGACGGUGAAUGCAACCGGGAACAACCAGUACCUUCGGAGCAAUCCUAGUGCAGCAACCACAAUCCCUACCAGUGUCUCUUUCCCUAUGCCUGCAACUAUGGUUACUGAUUCGAAUGAUCCAGUGCACCAGUCUCCUCAGCCCGAAACCCAUCCCGAGCAGCCUAUGGAGCAGCAACAGCAUAGCCAGUCGGCUGCGGCGGCAACGCCAGCAACGUUCCCUUCGACAACCGCAGUGGAAGCAAUUAGAGAAUGGAAAGAAGAAAUGCGACAAAAGCAAAGAGACGAAGACGGCUUACACCUCUUGACCUUGCUCCUCCAGUGUGCCGAGGCUGUAUCUGCUGAUGACAUGGAGGAAGCAAAUAGAAUGCUUCUAGAAAUCUCUGAAUUGGCAACACCAUUUGGCACUUCAGCUCAGCGCGUCGCUGCAUAUUUCUCCGAGGCAAUGUCGGCAAGGAUAGUAAACUCGUGCUUGGGAAUAUAUGCAGCGCUACCGAUGGUACCACAUAGCCAGAAAACGGCGUCGGCAUUCCAAGUGUUUAACGGAAUCAGUCCUUUUGUGAAGUUUUCGCAUUUCACGGCAAAUCAGGCCAUUCAAGAAGCAUUUGAGAGGGAGGAUAGAGUGCACAUUAUAGACCUCGACAUAAUGCAAGGCCUGCAAUGGCCUGGACUCUUCCACAUACUGGCGUUGCGGCCUGGUGGACCACCAUUUGUUCGCCUCACCGGCCUUGGCACUUCCAUGGAGGCACUAGAGGCUACUGGCAAACGGUUGUCUGAUUUUGCAGAAAAAUUGAGAUUACCAUUUGAGUUUUCACCCGUAGCUGAUAAAAUUGGGAAUUUGAACCCGCAAAGGUUGAGUAUAAGUGAGACGGAGGCUGUUGCUGUUCACUGGCUGCAGCAUUCUCUCUACGAUGUCACUGGUUCAGACACCAAUGCCCUUUGGCUCUUGCAAAGAUUAUGUCCAAAGGUGGUGACAGUUGUAGAGCAAGAUUUGAGCCAUGCUGGUUCAUUCUUGGGAAGAUUUGUGGAGGCCAUACAUUACUACUCGGCCUUGUUUGACUCAUUGGGAGCUUGCUAUGGAGAAGAGAGUGAGGAAAGGCACAUAGUGGAGCAGCAACUCUUAUCAAGGGAGAUAAGAAAUGUGUUGGCUGUGGGUGGUCCUUCAAGAAGUGGGGAGGUGAAAUUCAACAACUGGAGAGAGAAGCUUCAGCAAUCAGGCUUCAAGGGUGUAUCUUUGGGGGGCAAUGCUGCGGCGCAGGCAACACUUCUGCUAGGAAUGUUCCCUUCUGAUGGUUAUACCUUGGUGGAGGAUAACGGUGCCCUGAAACUCGGUUGGAGAGAUUUAUGCUUGCUCACUGCCUCGGCAUGGCAGCCCAGCUCCCACCAUUUUCCAUCCUCCAUCCAGUAG